GAGAAGAGGCAAUCGAUGGAAAUGGGUGGCUGGUUUGGUUUUGGGUAAUUUGGGUGUGGUUCGUAAUCAAACACAUUGCCAUUAUGGGUGACUCCGACUCGGUGAUUUAGCCUUUCCUUUCACCGCCAUCUCAGAAAAGAGAAACAAAACAUCUUGUUUUAGCAGAAAGAGAGAGCUUGCAAGCUGCUGCAACAAUGGAGGUCUGUGGAGCCACUGCUCUCUCAUGGACCCACACUGUCUCUAUCCCUCGUCACGUCUCUCUGCCCCUCUCUAAGCGUGGGACUCGGAGGCUCAGUGUUUGGUGUGCCUCUGAUCAAACCCAGAAGGCAAAUCAGAUGACUGUAUCAAUAACUGGAGCUACGGGUUUUAUCGGGAGAAGAUUGGUGCAAAGGCUGCAUGCAGAUAAUCAUAGUGUGCGUGUCUUGACACGGUCCAGAUCAAAGGCUGAGUUAAUUUUUCCGGUCAAGGACUUUCCAGGAAUCGUGAUUGCAGAGGAGGCACAGUGGAAAGACAGCAUUCAAGGUUCAACCGGUGUCGUAAAUUUGGCUGGACUGCCCAUAAGCACAAGAUGGUCUCCUGAGAUAAAGAAAGAGAUCAAGACUAGCAGGAUUAGGGUCACCUCGAAGGUCAUAGAUUUAAUAAACGAUUUACCAGAUGCAGUUCGACCUACAGUCUUGGUUAGCGCAACAGCUGUCGGUUACUAUGGUACUAGUGAGACACAAGUAUUUGAUGAGCAAAGUCCAUCAGGGAACGAUUACUUAGCUGAGGUUUGUAGAGAAUGGGAAGGAACUGCCCGCAAAGUGAAUAAGGAUGUUAGGCUAGCGCUCAUUCGCAUUGGUGUUGUCCUUGGUAAAGAUGGCGGAGCUUUAGCUAAAAUGAUCCCUCUCUUUAUGGUGUUUGCUGGAGGACCCUUGGGCUCUGGAAAGCAAUGGUUUUCCUGGAUUCAUCUGGAUGACAUAGUGAACCUGAUAUAUGAAGCCCUAUCCAAUCCAUCUUAUAAAGGAGUUAUCAAUGGAACUGCACCCAACCCUGUUCGAUUUGCAGAAAUGUGUGAAAAUUUGGGAAAUGUCUUGGGCAGGCCCUCAUGGCUGCCUGUACCGGACUUUGCCCUGAAAGCAGUCCUUGGCGAAGGUGCUUCUGUGGUUCUGGAUGGGCAGAAUGUGCUUCCAGUUAGAGCCAAGGAGCUGGGUUUCUCGUUCAAAUACUCGUAUGUGAGAGAUGCAUUACAAUCCAUUAUUUCAGAAAAGGCGGCCUAAUUUGGCGGAGGAAAUAUAUGUAGUUCUUCAUUCUUUUAGGUCGAGGGUAUCCGAAUCUCCAAAACCUAUAUGAAAGAUGCAUCACGAUCAAUUAUCGUAAAGAAAAUGCUGUAACAAGGUGCAGAAGAAACAUCUUUGUUUUCAUUCUUUUAGUUACAAGGUAAUCCCAGAUUAUAAGAAAUUAAGAUUUGAGGAAUCAGGUGAAAUUUGGGUCCUUGUGGAUGCUGUGAAUCUCUUGUUUAAGUGGUUAAUGUAUUAUCUGAACACA